GUUCGAAUUGAAAUCGCCUAGUGAGCGGACGUGUGCUGUUGGCACUCCUCCACAGAAAUAUAGUGCAAAUAUUUGAUACCAAAGAGACCUGACCACAGAUUUCGGACAACCGACUGUGCGUAGUGGAAAAGCGCGAGUUUAAGAAGUUGUUGCCUGCCUUUUUUGGAGAAGCAAACAGUUGAUGCAAGAUGCCGCCCAACGCCCAAGCUGGUGCCCAGUCCAUCACGGACUCGCUGCUCGCCGCGGCUAGUGCCGCCGCCGAUGCGGGCCAGAGCCCCACCAAGCUGCAGGAGGACUCCACCGGAGUGCUCUUCGAGUGCGAUGUGGAGACCACCGAUGGUGGUCUGGUCAAGGACAUCACCGUGAUGAAGAAGGCCGAGAAGCGCCGCCUCAAGCUCGUCUGGCGCAACAUCAUCGCCUUCGGAUACCUCCAUCUGGCCGCCCUCUACGGUGCCUACCUCAUGGUCGCCUCGGCCAAGUGGCAGACCGUUGUCUUCGCUUAUUUCCUGUAUGUGGUUUCUGGUCUGGGCAUUACUGCCGGAGCCCAUCGUCUCUGGGCGCAUCGCUCCUACAAGGCCAAGUGGCCCCUGCGCCUCAUUCUGGUCAUCUUCAACACGAUCGCCUUCCAAGAUGCCGCCUACCAUUGGGCCCGUGACCAUCGAGUGCAUCACAAAUACUCGGAGACUGACGCUGAUCCGCACAACGCCACCCGUGGCUUCUUCUUCUCGCACGUCGGCUGGCUGCUGUGCAAGAAGCAUCCGGAGGUGAAGGCCAAGGGCAAGGGUGUCGAUCUAUCCGAUCUUCGCGCCGAUCCCAUCCUCAUGUUCCAGAAGAAAUACUACAUGCUGUUGAUGCCCAUCGCCUGCUUCAUCAUUCCGACCACGAUUCCCAUGUACUUCUGGGGUGAAUCCUUCAUGAACGCCUGGUUUGUGGCCACCAUGUUCCGCUGGUGUUUCAUCCUGAACGUAACCUGGCUGGUAAACAGUGCUGCCCACAAGUUCGGUGGCCGCCCCUACGACAAGUUCAUUAACCCUUCGGAGAACAUCUCGGUGGCCAUUCUGGCCUUCGGCGAGGGAUGGCAUAACUACCACCACGUCUUCCCCUGGGACUACAAGACGGCCGAGUUCGGCAAAUACUCGCUAAACUUCACCACCGCCUUCAUCGACUUCUUCGCCAAGAUCGGCUGGGCCUACGACCUGAAGACCGUGUCCACGGACAUCAUCAAGAAGCGUGUCAAGCGCACCGGUGACGGCACGCACGCCACGUGGGGAUGGGGAGACGUGGAUCAGCCCAAGGAGGAGAUCGAGGAUGCUGUCAUUACACACAAAAAGAGCGAAUAGACAGGCUGAGCUUAGGGCUAAUCAUGGGAGGGUUUAGAAGAAAUCAAUCAAAUUCAAGUAAACAACAAUGAAACAUAAUUUUCCAUUUUGCACAUGUCCGCGGAACAAAAAUUUCCUAACAGAGCGCAAGAAGCCCAUUUAAUUAAUUCUAAGAUAAAACGUUGAUGAUAACUGUUUGUUGUAUCUCGAAAACUUUAUACCGUCUGUGUUAAACCAGCUCUGGAAAUGUUUUUAUUUCGCUCUGGCGUUGCUUUUAAAGAGAGACGCAAACUAACUUUGUAUUUAUACAUGCAUAUAAUUGCUUAAAACCUGGAUAUUGAUGUACAAUAGACGGCAAUUGGAGCUUUUCAUUCACUGUUAUCUCGAGGUCACUUUGGAAUUUGAGAGAAAUUUUCAGUUAAAUAAUAUAAAAGAUUAUACAAAUAAUGGAGGAGAACUUUCCGUUUCAAAGAAAAAGAAAUACCUGCAAAUGAAAGAUUUUAGUAUUUAGCGUAAGCCAAAAACACAAAAAGAAUUAUCAAGGAACUAAUAUAUAAAAUAUAUAAUAAACGAUCGAUGUUAGAACACUAAAAGGCACCUUCACCUAUACAUAUGAUAUUUCUUUAAAUGUUAUUAAAUAAAAUGCGAAAACGCCUCUGGGAAACCGAUCCCAGUAGACUUUUCUAUAACCUGAA